UUCCCGCCAUGGCGCCGUUCGAACCGGCGGCGCUGCCGGAGCUGCUCCCGGUGUUCUACCGCCGGCUCUUCCCGCACGGCGCCUACGGCCGCUGGCUCGGCUACGGCGGCGUGGAGAAGAACUACUUCCAGCUGCGGGAGUUCUCCUUCACGCUGCGGGACGAUGUGUACGUGCGGUUCCAGUCGUUCGGCAGCCCGCAGGAGCUGGAGAAGGAGCUGCAGAGGACCAACCCGUACAAGAUCGACAUCGGCGCCAUAUAUUCGCAUCGCCCCAACCAGCACAACACGGUGCACCUCGGGGCGUUCCAACCCGUGGAGAAGGAGCUGGUGUUCGACAUCGACAUGACCGACUACGAUGACGUCCGGACGUGCUGCAGCUCGGCCGACAUCUGCUCCAAGUGCUGGACUCUGAUGACCAUUGCUGUCCGUGUGAUUGACCGCGCGCUCGUGGAGGACCUGGGCAUGAAGCACCGCCUGUGGGUGUACUCGGGACGGAGAGGUGUGCACUGCUGGGUCUGCGACGACGCCGUGCGCAAAUGGUCCCCGGCGCUGCGUGCGGCCGCUGUGGAGUACCUGAGCCUGGUGAAGGGUGGAGCUGAGACGGUGAAGAAGGUGAACCUCUCGGAGCCCGUGCACCCCUUCAUCAGGCGGUCGGUGAACGUAGUGGAGAAGUACUUUGAGGCAUACGCACUGCAGGGCCAGGAUGUCUUGGGCAGCCCCGAGCGCUGGGACAAAGUGCUGGCCUUGGUCCCAGAAGAGCACCGUGAGCUGCUGCAGAGCGAGUUCCCCAAGAAGCGCGACUCAGUGCAGCGCUGGGAGCUGCUGAAGGGCCGCAUGGAGCGGACACGGCGGGCAGCAGGCAGUGGGAAGGGCACGGCGUGCUAUGCAGACUGGGAGAUCAUGCUGCAGUACUGCUUCCCACGGCUCGACAUCAACGUCAGCAAAGGCAUCGGGCACCUCCUGAAGAGCCCCUUCAGCGUCCACCCCAAAACAGGCCGCAUCUCAGUGCCACUGGACCUGCAGAGGUUGGAUGACUUCGACCCGUUCGCAGUGCCCACCAUCAGCUCGCUGUGCCAGGAGCUGGAUGUGGCUGGCGAUGAUGCAGAGCAGGAGGACAGCGAGGAGACGGAGCCAAAGCGGCGGAUGCGGGACUACCGGCGGACGCAGCUGGCGCCCUACGUGAAGGCCUUCGAGCAGUUCCUGGAGGAGAUGGAGCGCGCGCGGCGUGGGGAGCGGCUGUGGAGGAGCGACCAGCAGGGAGAGUUCUGACCACGCUGCCGGCAGCCCCUGCCCUUGGGAGGCCGUUGAUUGACCUUGAUUGACGUCUGCUGCUGCUGUGGGGCAGGGAGACUGACCCCCCCCCCGGUUCCCUUCUCACUUCUUUUUAUGCUUUUUGUACUUUUUGUACCCAAAAUCCAUUAAAGGGCGCUGCUCA